AUGUAUAUUUGUAUGUAUAAAAUAUUUUAUUUUAUAUGUAGUAAAAAUGGAAAAUAUAAAAGGGAAAAAGAAUAUGCGUUAAAUAAAAUUUCAAAAAUUAACAAGGAAAAAUAUAAAAAUGAGGGGAAAAAAAAAGAUGAAAAGAAAAAAAUUGACGAUGGAAAAUAUAUAAAUGAUGGAAAAUAUGUAAAUGAUGGAAAAUAUAUAAAUGAUGAUAAAUACAUAAAUGAUGAUGAUAAAUAUACAAAUGAUGAUGACAAAUAUAUAAAUGAUGAUGAUAAAUAUACAAAUGAUGAUGAUAAAUAUACAAAUGAUGAUGAUAAAUUUAUACAUGAUGAUGAUAAAUAUACAAAUGAUGAAAAUAUAAAAAAGGAUAACGUACAUAUAGAUAUGUCUAACAUUGAUAACCAGAGUUAUAAUAAGAAAAAGAAAAAAAAUGACGAUGCUGACAAAAUAAACAAUAUAGAUAACAAUGUUGAUAAAAGAGAUAAUGAUAUUUCUGACUUUUAUGAUAAAAGAAAGGAAGAUGAUAAUGGAUAUGAUGAUUGUAAUAAUACACAUGAAAGUAUUAAUAAUACAUUUGAGUGUAAUGGAAAAAAAUGUAACUAUAUAGAGAAGCAAAGAGAUAAAACAAAAAAAUAUGAUAUUAUAAAUAUGAAAUGUGAUAAUAAAAGUAGUAAUAUGAAAAAUUCAAUGAAGAAUAAAAUGAAUACACAAACAAAUAAUAAUAACAAAGACAUGUUAAAUAAUCAAAUAAGAAUGUGUUCAAAAAAUUUAAAUAAUAAUUAUAUAUAUAAUAAUAAUAAUAAUAAUAAUAAUAGUAAUAAUAAUAUUAGUACCAGUAGUAGUAGUAAUUAUUAUUAUAAUUAUUAUAAUAAUACAAAUAUGUAUAAUGAAUUAAGCAUGGGUCAUCAUAAUGAAAAAAAUAAUUUCCUUGAAAUAUUAGACAAUGAAUUAAAAAAAAAUUGUAAUACUUAUAAUAUAGGUAAUAAUAAUAUGAAUUGUAAUUAUAAAGGAAAUUAUAAUUAUUUUAUAAAUAAAGAUUUAUUAAAUAAUAAUAUGACAUAUAUAUAUAAUUAUCCUAUGAUAAAUACAUUAAGCUAUAAUAAAGAUAAUAAUUAUUGCACAUAUAUCGAUGAAAUUAAUAGAAUAAAUGAAUGUACAUAUAAUAACACACAACCAAAUAUAAAUAAUAAUACAACUUAUGCUCCUAAUUAUAAUGAUAAUUCAAAUAUAUUAUAUAAUCAUGAAUCAUAUAUUAUGUCUCCUUAUGAUUAUUAUAAUUAUUAUUGUUCUGGUCUUAUUCCUACAUAUCCGAUAUUUAAUUAUAGAAAUGUUAUAAAUAGUAAUCAUAAUAAUAAUAAUAAUAUAAAUAAUAACAAUAAUAAUAAUAAUAAUAAUAAUACCUAUUAUAAUCAUAUCAUUCCGAAUAACACUAAUAAUAAUUCUAUUGAUACUUACAAUGAAAAUAAUAACAAUCAUAAAUUAUUUUAUAAUUAUAAUAAAUAUAAUAUGUAUACGCCAAAAAUAUAUUAUCAUGAUAAUAUUCAUAAUCUAUAUCCUAUUGAUAAUAUUCCACCCAAUUAUAAUUCAACGGAAAAUAAAAUAUCAGCUUGUAACACUAUAAUUCCUUCGACUGCAACUAUCAACAAUAAUAAUAAUAUCAAUAAUAAUAAUAAUAAUAUCAAUAAUAAUGGCAAUAAUAAUAGCAAUAAUAACAAUAAUAAUAACAAUAAUAAUAAUAGUAUUCUUUCAAAAAAUAUAUUUCCAUAUAAUGCAAACGAUAUAAAUAACUUCAUAAAUCUCAACAGUGAUAAUAUAAAUAAUAAUUCUCAUAUGAGUCCCAAUAAUAAUACACAAAUUUUCAAUUAUUUUAAUUAUGUAUCCAAUAGCAAUUUUAAUAUUCAAAGAUAUUUAUCAAACAAUAAUAAUAAUAAUUUAAAUAAUACUACAGAUUAUCAACAAAAUAUUUCUUACUAUAAUACAUAUAAUUCAAAUUGUUAUUCAUCAGCAUCAAAAACAUAUUAUUGUAAUCAAUAUUUGAAUGAAUAUCCUUUAUUUCCUGUCUCUUCUAUUGACUUAUAUAACACUGACAACAUGAACUAUAGCUCCAAUCAGUUGUAUUACUAUCACGGGAAUGAUAACAUGAACAACGAAGAAUUAAAAAAAAAUGCGGAACAAGAAAAUGCUCAUAACAAUAUAAAUAUGAACAAGCGAGGAGUACAAAACAAAAAAACAAACUACAACAAGGAAAAUUAUUUAUCUCCAAUAGCUUUUACUGGAAAUAUUUGCAAAAUUGCUAAGGAUCAAACGGGUUGUAGGAUUUUACAAAGGAUACUAGAAAAAAAGAACCCAAAACAUAUUGAAGAAAUAUAUAACGAAGCACUUGAACAUAUAAUUGAAUUGAUGGUAGAUCCAUUUGGAAAUUAUUUAUGUCAAAAAUUAAUGGAAGUAUGUACAUCUGAACAAAUAGAAAAAAUAAUUGAUAAAUCGUCAGACCAAUUAAUAAAUGCUUCCAUAAGUGUUCAUGGUACUAGGACAGUUCAGAAGCUUAUAGAAAUGAUUAAAACACCUUCUCAAAUUAAAAAAACAACAAAGGCUCUAAAAAAUUCAAUAAUUACUUUGAUUAAAGAUAUCAAUGGAAACCAUGUGGUUCAGAAAUGUUUAAUCACCUUAACAAGUCACCAGUGCGACUUUAUAUACGAAGCUAUUUUAAAUAACUGUGUUGAAGUUUCCACUCACAGACACGGAUGUUGUGUGAUUCAGAGAUGCAUAGACUCUGCAAACGAUGCACAAAAGGAACUGUUCAUACGAAAUAUUUCUAACAAUGCCCUUGAUUUAGUACAAGAUGCAUUCGGAAAUUAUGUUGUACAAUAUAUUCUUAAUUUAGGAAAUGAGAAAGUAAAUUUAGAAAUAGCCAAUAAGCUAUUACCAAAUAUUGAGGAACUAGCUGUUCAGAAAUUUUCAUCUAAUGUUGUAGAGAAAUGUCUAAUAAUAGGGAACAACAAAUGUAGGAAACUUAUAAUAAAUGAAAUAUUGAAAAAAGAUAAAGAUAUAUUAAAACAAAUAAUUUUAGAUCCAUUUGGAAAUUAUGUUAUUCAAAGAGCAUUAUCAGUUGCUUCAGAACCUGAAUUAACAAAAUUAGUUGAAGGAAUCAAACCAUAUAUAAAAGAAUUACGUAAUAUAUCAUCUGGAAAAAGAAUUGCAUGGAAACUAGCCAAAAAACAUCCUUUACUUAAUGCUGAUAUCAAUAAUCAAUAUUUUUCAAAUGAUAAUUCAGAUAAUCUUUCUUCACAAAAUCAUGAUAUUUCUUCUACUAAUAAUUCAGUUAAUAUUCCUACUAACAAUUCAGAUAUUUUCAAAAAUGAUAAAAAAAAAAAUAAUGAUGAAAAUAUCCUAAAAAAGAAUUACAAUAAUAAUAAUAAUGUUAAAACAUUUAAUAAUAACAAAAAUUUUAAUGCCAAAAAUUUUAAUAAUAAUACAAAUGGAAACAUAAAAAAUUUUAAUAAUGAUAAUAUGAAAUCUUAUAAUUAUGAACAUAUGAGAAAUUGUAAUUUUGAUCCAAUCAGGAAUUAUAACAAUGAAUAUGUAAAAAAUUAUAACAAUGAAUAUAUCAAAAAUUAUAACAAUGAAUAUAUCAAAAAUUAUAACAAUGAAUAUAUCAAAAAUUAUAACAAUGAAUAUAUGAAAAAUUUUAACAAUGAUUGUGCCAAAAAUUAUAACAGUGAUUGUACCAAAAAUUUUAACAAUGAAUAUGUCAAAAAUUUUAACAAUGAAUAUGUCAAAAAUUUUAACAAUGAAUAUGUCAAAAAUUUUAACAACGAAUAUGUCAAAAAUUAUCAUCAUAAUAAUAUAAAAAAUCAUAUUAAUUGUUCUAAUAAUACUUAUGCAAAUAAUUCCAAAACAUACAAAAAAAAUACACAACAAAAAAAAAACUUGCAAUCUUCAAAUGACCUCUGUAAUGUUGUUUCAUAUAGUGAUCAUUUCCCACACAAUAGUGCACAUAAAAAAAAUAACUUUCAAGAAAAAAUAUCAAAUGUAGAUAACAAAAGAAAUGAUGAUUCCUCUAUGAAUAAUAACACCUUUUGUUAUAAACAAGGUUAUAUGACAGAUGAGACAAUGAACACACAGUAUGAAACCAGAAAUAAUGCUAAAAUGGAUGACAUCAGUAAUAUCACAAAAAAUGAAAGAGAGAAUUUAAACAGGAUUUAUUCUAAUCAAGAAGACAAACAAAACAAGAAAGAUGAUAUUUACUACACCCAUAAGAGGAAUGAUGAAAGCAAUAUUUAUGAAAAUCAAAGAAAUUUUAACAAAAAUAAUUUUAAAUAUGUGAUAGGUCAUAAUAUGAACAGAGAUGAUAAUAAUGUUCUUGUAGGUAAUAAAAGUAAAACUGAUGGGGAAAAUAAUGUAAGAAUGGAUAUAAAUGAAAGGAGUGAAGAAAAAAAUGAAAGGAAUGAAGAAAAAAAUAAAAAUGUACAGGAAAAAAAUGAAAAUGUACAGGAAAAAAAUGAAAAUGUACAGGGAAAAAAUGAAAAUGUACAGGAAAAAAAUGAAAAUGUACAGGAAAAAAAUGAAAAUGUACAGGUAAAAAAUGAAAAUGUUCAGGAAAAAAAUGAAAAUGUUCAGGAAAAAAAUGAAAAUAUUCAGAGAAAAAAAAACAAUGUUCAGGAAAAAAAAGAAUACGUAAAUGAGAAAAAGGAAUGCAUAGAUGAUGAAGAACAAAAAGAACUCUUCAACAACAAUGAAAACAACAAAAACGAUAAUAAAUGUAACAACAAUGUGAUUAAAAAAAGCAGUGUUCAUUUAGAUAAUGAAAAAUGUCAUUACGAAAAUAAUAUAAAUACAGAAAGUGGACAUAUUAGGAGCAAAUCAAAUCAUAAUAUGAUAAAUAAUAAUAGUUAUGAUAACAAAAUGAUAGAAAAACAGAACAAUGAAAAUUCCAAUAAGUAUAUAAUACAAAAUGUUCCUAAUACUAAUAAUAGAAUGUUUCAUAAAAAAAAUGAUGAAAAUAAAGAUGGUAGCAAAAAUAAACAUAUGGACAAUAAGAAUAAUAAAGUAUAUAAUAAUAAUUUUAAUAAAAAUGAAUAUAAAAGAAUACAAAACAAUCAAAUGAAUAUGAAUCAAAGUUAUAAUUUUUCUCAGAAUAAAAACUAUGUCUACAAUAAUAGUUAUAAUAAUUAUAAUGAAAAUUAUGUCAACUUUUAUCCCAUGAGAAAUAAUAAUCAAGAAUUUAAUUCAAAUAUAUGUUCAAGUAAUAAGAAUAAUCCUAAAUUGACAUAUAUGUCAAAUAAUAAAAAUAAUGGAGAUAAUUAUAUGAGGAAAAACCCAAAAAAAAUUACAAAAAAAUAUAGUAAUGAGUCCAAAUUAAUAUGA